AUGUGUGUAGGUAUUUGUCCAAAUGGAUUUUAAUCAAAUCUCAUUUCGCUCACUUGUGAUUAAUGUUAAAAUUAUAUAGAUCCUAAAUGCAAUUCUUGCUAUCCUAGUUGCUAAUUAUGCAAAUAGUCAUAGGCUAAAAACUCUUAAUGCGAUAGCUGCUACUCAGAAACAAAAUAAUUAGAUUCAGAUAAUAAUUGCACUUGCUUAAAUCCAAAAGAUUUGAGAAAUAAUUUUUAUUAAUGUAGCUAUCAAAAUAUUGCUGUGCUUGACAUUUAAUUAAGUGCAUCAAAACCUUUGCUAAUUAUAGAUUUCGGCUCACCCUUAAAAGAUAUUUCAGUAAAUACUCCUUUUUCUUUAUGUUAAUAAAUAUUUGAUCAGCCCACUUUGACUUUACUUGGUUCGGAUUCAUCUUGUUAAAUAACUGGAAAUCAAGUUUAAGUAAUUUUAGGUGAUUCUUCAAUAAUAAUGGCAAAUAAUAUUAUUAAUUUUUUACCUAAUAAGCUUUAAUUUGAAGAUUAUAAUACAUAUUUUAUUAAUACUUUCUAUAGAAAUAUUGUUUUCUAGAAUGAUCCUGGGAUUCCUUUGCUUAAUUUUAAUUACAACCCUAACCAAAACAGCUGCAAUCCUUUAAGUAUAGCUCUUUAAAAUAUACAAAAUGAUGCAGGUAGAAAAUUUUUAAAUAUAAGUUGGACUUUAGUGCAAGUUAUAGGAACAAUUAGUGAUGAAUAGAAAUAAAAUAUCAAAAAAAUACUAUAAUAGGCAAGCUAAGAUAUGACCACAAGUAUAACUAUUGAUCCUAAAUACAUCCCUUCAAAUUAAAAUAUUGCAAUACAAUUUAAUUAUUAACUUAAAGUUAACAAAGUAGGCUCAUAAUUAUUUACAAUAAAUUACUAAUAAUAAAAAUAAAUUAGAAUCAGCUUUUAGUAAUCAGUAUAUCCUCCUAUAUAUAGAUACAUGAGCUUGAGUUUCUACUUUUAAUUUUAUAUUGAAAUAUGCGAGCUAGGUUUAAUUACUUACAAUAACGAGCCCGUUGAUUUACAACUAAUUUCUAACCAACUUCAAUAAAAAAAUCUGAGCUAAUACAGUUUAUCUAGCUAUCAGUUUGAUAUUCCUCCUUACUCCUUAUAAUCUAAUUCUCAAUUAAAUGCUAGUUUGGUUGUAAAUUUAAGUUCAAACAAAAAUAUAAUUGCUAUUUAGAAGAUAUCAGUUGAUAUUUUAAUUACAGAUUUGUAUUUGUAGGUUAUCGGAGGCUCUAGUUUAGUUGUAGGUUAUUAAAGUAAACUAUCCUUAAAUACCAACUCUAGAGACUUUGAAAUUUAAGAUUCUAAAUCACCUUAAAACAUCAACUUUAGUUGGGAAUGCUCUAGUUUAUCAUCUAGUGACCAUAUUUGCUAUGACUACAAGAAUAAUAUUGUUUAAUUACAACAAGGAUCAAGUAGUAUUUCUUUUCCUGCAAAAACAUUUUAGCCAUACACAUCUAUUAUAUUGAAUGUAAUCGGAUAAAAAGACUCUAGAAAAUCUAAUUAUAGAACAAUAUGCUUAUUUACUGAGCUAAAUAUCCCUUAGUUAGAAGUACAGUUUUCUGCUACUCGUUUAAAUUAAAAAAUUAAUUUAAAUGAGGAUUUAAAUUUUAUAAUUAACUAUGAUGAGAAUAUCUCCUCAGAUAUUUUAACUUAUGCUGGAGCUUUGCUAUAUGACAAUGAUGUUGUUGGUGUUAUUAAAUUUGACUAUUACUAAGUUAAAUUUAGAAUAUGGAAUUACUUCAAAAACGUAGAUCCCCUAAAACCUACUAUUUAAGCACGCUUUUCUGUCUAUAAUCCUACUUUUAUUAUGCCAAGCUUAACAACUAUUAGCUUUAAUAUUAAUUUCCCUCCUCAAAAUUGUACUUUGGUAAUUAGUCCACUACAAGGAGUAGCACUUUAAACGGUGUUCUCAAUUUAAUUUUUGUAUUGCUUAGAUGAAGAUCUUCCUUUGACUUACUAAUUCUUUUAUUAUAAUAGCAUAGAUGAUGCUUAAUAGGAAUUAAUCUCUCCAUGGAAUAUUUAAAGAAGGUAAAUAUAAGAUCAGACAACAGUAAACUAAAUUCAAACUCUAUUACCUUAAGGGAAUCUUGUAAUAAUGAGUUAGGUUAUUGAUUCACAACUUGGUGUUUACAAUCAAACCUAGGUGAUUAGUGUUUAAAGUUAGAGUUUAACAACAAAAGAUUAUUUUUAAUAAAUAAAUUAACUUACAUAGCAAACUCUAUCUAGCACGAAUUUAUAAGCUACAAGCUAAUUAAUUACUUUAAGUUUAAUUGGAGAAGACAUCAGUAAAAAUACAUAGUUUUCAUAUGAUUUAAAUAAUUUAGGUUCUCUAUUAAUAACAAAUCUUCAGUAGUUGUCUCUUUAAAUACCUAAAUUUUCUUUGAUAUCAACAUAUGCUAAUAAAGUAACUGCUAAACUAUCAGGGUUACUUUUCAACUCAUAAUAAUAAAUCUAGAAUACUGACAAAAAUUAAAUAAUUAAAAUAUUACAAUCAAUAAUUUAAAAUACAGAUUCAAGCAUUCAAAACAAUGAUCUGAGCCAUUUAUAGUAAAACAACGAUUUUCCAAUUCAAAAUAUUAUCGACUCAUUUAAAAUAUUAAAUUCUUGUGUUACAAUGAAUUCUUAGAAUACAUAAUAAAAUUUAUAGGACUAUGAUCAAAUUACAACCAAGUUAGGAAGUAUCUUUUCUAAUAUAAACUUACCUAAUUAAGGGUCAUUAAUUCUAAAUGGUAAUCUAUCAUCUCUAUUAAUAGACAAAAUAACUUAAAAAAACAUAUACACAUAUGUUAAUUCUUUUAAUGAGCCAGAUUUAAAUAAUGUUUAUAGUAUAUCAAGAAACAACUAUGAAUUAAAUAUUUAUGAAAAUACUUCAGAAUUUUAAGGAUAUAUUUAGCAAAUGAAAAAUAUUAGCUCAAAUUACACAUACUCAAAGAACAAGCUGAUUUAGACCUAAAUUACUAAAUCGGAUACAAAUAAACUCAUAGAUAAUUCAACAAUAAUUUAUAAUUUUAACAAUGCUGUGACUAGCAUGAAAUACAACAUGACUUGCAUAUAAUAGAAUGAUAAAUAAUGGAGUAAAAAAAAUUGUGUUCUACUCAAAAAUAGUAAAAAUGAAUCCGUGUGCUACUGUAAUACAUAGAAACCAACAACUAUCAUUGAGGAUAUUGAUGACAUGUUUUUAAAAAAUGAAAAUUUGAAGACUGCGUUUGGAGAGUAAGGAUUCCUAAACUUAGAAAAUUUUAAAGAGUUUUAUAAUUACAUAGUAUUCUGGUUUAUAUUUGCUUUUACCUUGGCUUAAAUUAUUCUAUUCAUUGUAGGAUAAAGACUAGAUAGAAAAACACUUCAAAAGAGUUCUUAAAGAGUGCACCACCAUUUAGAAAUAAUUAGCACUCCCAAAAUUGAGCCAUAGCAAGAAAAUUAGAAAGAUAAUUAAAAUCUUAAAGAACUAUCUAUCGCAGGGUGUGAAGAUUAAGUUAUCAAGAAUAACUCACCUAAUGAAAAAAAAAUUUAAAGUACAGAAAAUAUUGAAAAUAAAUUUUAAAACAAUUAACAUUUUCCAGUAGUUUUUGAUGAAUUUUAUGCUAAAAUUAGAUGUACUAAUCAUUUUAAAAGAAAAAGAAAAGCAUUCCUAAACUCUAAUUAGAACCAAAGUCAUAUUCACACUUUUUUAUAUUAAAACUAUCCACAUCCUAACUAUUUCUAUAUUGUUCUAGAAUUAUAUGAUGGUUGA